CAAAAAACGGUUCAUAUCCUCCAUCUACCAAAUUCACGAAGACGAUGAGGAAGCUGGUAAUAAUCUCCAACAAAUUACGAGUGGGCUUUGUUUUGGCGGCGGCGUUGUUGGUUAUGGCCGCACGUCCCUCGAUCUCGACCAAAGGGUCAGUUUACAUCGAGAAUAGUUUGCCGACCAGCGAGGUAACGGCGCGCUGUCAAUCCAAAGACGACGAUAUCGGAAGACAUGACAUUGCCGUCGGCGACAGCAUUUUUUGGAGUUUCAGAAACAACCCGGGUUGGUCGGAAACGCUGUUUUGGUGCGAUCUGAACGCCACUGAUUAUGGGGUUCUUUCUUUCGACGCUUACAUAGGUAAGAAGGCCAAAAUUUACAACUAUCAUUACUUUUGGUUCGUCGAGGAAAGUGGAGUUUACGUGCAGAACCAGUACGGUAUAGUAGAAACAUUGCCUACCAUGUCGUGGGGGAAACUGGAUUAAGAAUUGAUUCAAGGCAAUAAUAAGAGGGUCGAUCUCGCGAGCUAAUUAAUAACAGCAACAGGGUUGUUGUUGUUUGUACGUGUUUUUGUCUGCUCAUGUUGUAUGUCUUUUUAUUCAGUUAUGUUGGUGUAUCCGACCUGUCUUGUCGGCUCUUUUUUCUUUUUUCUUGAAGGUGUCAUUCUAAGACUAAGGCAAUCAAAAAGGCCAACACCCAAAUGAUCAAAUGAUUUACAAAAUAGUUCAGGUAUAUAUAUCUCGAUAAUUUUUUUAUGUAAUAUCUUAAUUAUUAUAGAAGAUUUAUAUAAUACGUUUUUUUAACAGAUACUUAAAAAUUAACUACCCAUUCAUAAAAUUUAAAUAAUGUAUUCAUAAUCUAAAUAACAGUGGUAGAACGAAGUUACCUGAUCUCUCAUAAUAUGUGGUCUAGCAAUUAAAAAUAUAAUUUAUAAGUACUUAAUAUAUAUAAAUAAAAGUACUUAAAUAUAAUUAUUCAACUAUCUAUUAAUUCACCUAUCUGAUUGGAUUUCAGUCUAAUGAAUUUGAUUUAAAUAAAUUGGGUUAAUUGGAAAUUUAGUGGAUUGGUGGAUUUGGUAUCACUAUAUGCACAUCAAAUCUCGGGGAUCCUCGAAGUGUUUGAGGCCCACAAGGGAUUAGCAGUUGGGCCUUGGUGUUGUAGUUCCGAGCCAUAGCCCAACGCUGAAGCCCGUGGUCGCAGCCAUGCAUGCAGACGUGAAGCAGCUAGGAGCCAGCUCAUUGAAGCUAGGUUACCUUAGAAUGACUAUUAUUCAUAUCAUUAGCUGAAUUAUUAGUUUUGGACAAGAAGUUUGGAUGUACAUACUUUUAAAUGCGUAAUACUGUAAAAUAUUACAAAAAAGAAAGAAAAUGUUACGCAUAAUUUCAUUUUGUAAGGUAUCUAAUCAUAUUUCACGUUCAUAAACCAUAUUUUUCAACCCCAAUGGAAUAUGGACCAAUAAUUCCUUCCGUAGGGCAACUAUCGAUAUAUUCGUCCAACGGAAGGAAUUGUUUCCCUCUUACCUUGAUUCGUAUCUGAAGAAUCGACAAGUUUUCUGUAUAAAAAAAUAUUUACAUAUAAUAAUAAUAAUUAUUAUCAUUAUUAUCGUUAUCUCACACGAUUCCAUCCAAAAGCAACAAUACAGCUCAGACAAAUAAGAUGGGCGAAGGAAUCGUUACACACUGGAGAGACAAGAGAGGUCCAGAAGGCUCUUCUACUGAGCUCUCAUAUGCAUCCUCCAAUUACCACCUCUGCACGUUUUGAACGUGCCUUUUGGCUCUUCGACGACGUUAUUUGCACUAUAAAUACAGCCAAAAACU